UGAAUGGGCUCUGAAUGAGCUUGUAUGAUACGUGCUACGUCAUGACGCACAGCCCAAGGCGGAAGUGAACACGUGUGUUUGACGGGAAGCACGCACGUUGGGAGGCCACGAACAUUUCUCAGGACCAGAAGUCACCGUGUCUGUAGAUCACCAUGGCUGUGAGAGCGGCGUUUGAGAAAAACAACGAGAUCGGCUGCUUCGCCAAGCUGACCAACACCUACUGCCUGGUGGCUAUCGGCGGCUCGGAGGGCUUCUACAGUGUGUUUGAAGGGGAACUGUCAGAAACCAUCCCAGUGGUUCACGCCUCCAUAGCAGGCUGCCGCAUCAUCGGGCGGAUGUGUGUGGGUAACCGCCACGGCCUUUUGGUGCCUAACAACACGACAGACCAGGAGUUGCAGCACAUCAGAAACUGCCUUCCAGAGGCAGUGAAGAUCCAGCGAGUAGAGGAGCGGCUAUCUGCCCUGGGCAACGUCAUCGCCUGCAACGACUAUGUAGCACUGGUCCACCCCGACCUCGACAGGGAGACAGAGGAGAUCCUGGCAGACACACUGAAGGUAGAGGUUUUCCGUCAGACGGUGGCCGAGCAGGUCCUGGUGGGCUCCUACUGCACCUUCAGCAACCAGGGAGGCCUCGUCCACCCCAAGACCUCCAUAGAAGACCAGGACGAGCUGUCGUCGCUGCUCCAAGUUCCUCUAGUGGCUGGCACAGUUAAUCGGGGCAGCGAGGUGAUCGCGGCAGGGAUGGUGGUCAACGACUGGUGUGCGUUCUGCGGUCUGGACACCACCAGCGCCGAGCUGUCCGUCAUCGAGAGCAUCUUCAGACUGAGCGACACGGCACAGCCCUCCGCCAUCGCCACGACCAUGAGAGACUCACUGAUCGACAGCCUGACAUAAGCCGUCUGCCCGGCGUCCCACCGUUGAGGAGCUCUGCUGCGGUGCAUCGAGGCCGACAAGCUGCUAGACCAUCUUCCUGACAUCAGACACCUCCUUCCACACAAACGGUUUGCUUUCACUUGAAGCCACAGCUUCUGUCUGCGGACAGUUUAUGGCAACCAUUUUGUGUCCAAUGUCAGUUUGAAGCUUAACACGGUUUCCUCCAGUAACCUCACAAAUAAAUUAAACAUUUUUCACAUUUUUUUAACCAGACAACAAGGUGUACCAACUGAUUUCUGGCAGUUGAAACGGGCGCAGCUGUAACCUCAUUUUGACUGGGACUGGAGGUAAUCAGACAUCAGUUUUAGUGCAGGACUGCUGUUAUUGAGGCGAUACUGUUGCUGGAGGAGUUUGCUUUAAUUGGGGAUGGAAAUGGUUCAAGUGAAAGCAACCCAGCUUCUGAGACUGCAUUUACACAGGAGUGGAAGAAUCUGAUGUUGAAUGCUUUUUUGCACAAAUGUGGCUUCAACCCUGGCCUGUUUUUCUGCACAGCUAGAAAGAUGCGGAGCCUGUGCCAAAAAGAAUUGGAAAUCAGAUUCAUUCCCGUGCCUGUGUCCAUUCAGUCGAAAUGACUAGCAGCUGCCAUUGGUAGACAAUCUGUGUAACUCUGUCAAUGGCAGUCUGUGCCACAGAUAAAAAUCUUAAUGCUGAAAACUGAUGGGAAACUGGACCCUGGUUUGCUGAAUCACUUCCCUGAAGGCACAGGGCAACUUCCUGGUCAACACUGAUGGGCAACAGCACCCAGGCAUUUCUCACAGCUUUGUUGCUUUACUCACUUAAAAUCAGCCAUGAAAUCCUUUGAAGAGAUUUUUCAUCCUGUCUCACUUUGAUGCCUACAGCCGAGCGAUUCCCAUCUACAUUGGCCCUCACAAAUUGUCAAGUGUAUCACCACCGUAAAGGGUCAUUACACUCCGAAAGUCAGCUUGAGUCAGAUGCUUUCAGACCUCAGACACCAACUGUGGAAGUCCCUAACCCACUACUACAUCUUAAUUAUAAGACGACAUGAUCUAACAAAAACAUGAAAAGAUGUGUGAAAAAAAGAUAAUUGAGGGCACAGGAUAUGCAUGCAGUUGCAUGUUAGCAUUUAACUGAUGCUCAUUUUCUCUGGUACUUCAUCUGAACACAGUAAUGUUUUUUACUUGUCCUUUUUCAGGUCUGAAAGCACCUGACAGUUUUAAUAUUGGAGUGUGCAGCAAACUGACAGUAACAAUAUAUGGAGGUAGAGUCUAAUUUAAUUGUCACUGCUAUUGUAUGAAAGGCUUACAUGAAACGCUUCUCUGUAAAAGAGGGAGGACAAAAAAAAACUUGGGAGGAAAAAAUGUCAGUUCGAAAAAUCAGGAAAUUAAACAGCAGAGAUGAUUUUCACAAGCUGUGUGAAAAGAAAGCAUUGUGAAAAGUGGAAAAUGUACAAUAUUUUUUACUUCAUUCUUCUUGUGUGAUUGCCAACUGUAAGAAAUGAAGCCUUACCUGGUGAACUCUUGGUGAAGAUUUCUGAGGGGACGACACCUGUCCUUUUGCCUCUGUCUUGUAUAAUAAAAGCAGAUCACCCAGUUUUUACCCGA